AUGCACCAUUUUACUGCAAUUGUCUGCUCGACCCUCUCAGAUCGGGAGGAUGUGCAGAACGUAUGGGGUAUGGUACUACCACAAAUAUCAUUCUCAUGCGACUAUUUGCUUCACGGGAUACUCGCAUUUUCGGCUUUGCAUAUUGCAAUACAAAAGUCGGAGCAAAGUGAGGAUUAUCUCAACUGCUCCAUGCUUCAUCUGCACUAUGCACUUAAUACUUACAGAAGGAGCCUUUCUACUAUUUCUGCGCAAAACUGCAUAUCCUUAUUCGCUUUCUCAUCUCUUAUUGUUGUCCAUGUGUGUGCAUUACCAGGUGCAGAUGGAUCAGGGCCCUCUACGAGGAAGGCCAUUUCUCUAUUCAACAUGUGUCGGGGAGUUGAAACGAUUCUUAGACCGUAUCUCUCUUUGAUACGAGAAUCUCCAAUGAAGCCUUUGUUUCGUGAUGAUUACCACCGUAUGGAUAAGCAGCUUUCAAGGUCACCGCAUAGCAACGCAAUACUACCGGUAGAUUUCGAAAAUAGAAUAUCGCAACUAAGACAAUUCAUCGCAGCUUGCCCCCUUGAACCCGGUGAAAAAUCCACAUACUUGGACGCACUUCUUUCCUUGGAGGUUUCCUUUGAUAUCAUCGACAAGGCAACUAUCCCAUUGGAAUGCGGAAUGGCGUUUGCUUGGCCCAUUAUGUUGCCAUUGAAAUUUAUCGAUUUCCUCCAAGAGAAUAGGCCUCUGUCUCUAGUUUUGCUUUCAUACCAUUGCGUGACUUUGAAUCGUCUGAACAAGUUCUGGUUCCUGCGAGAAUGGGAUAAGGCACUUCUUACUGAGAUUUGGUGCCUUAUUCCAUUGGAUCUACGCUCGUGGGUUGAAUGGCCAAAGGCCGUUUGUGGCGUGUAA